AUGUCGUCCUCGGGGCAGCCGCACACCCGGGCCGAGGACCCGCCGGGGCCCGUGCUGCUGCGGCUGGACCCGAGCGGCGGCGCUGUGCUGCUGUGCGGCCUCGUGGCGCUGCUGAGCUGGAGCUGGCUGCGGUGGCACCGGGCGCGGGGCAUCCCCCCGGGACCCACGCCCUGGCCCCUGGUGGGCAACUUCGGUUACGUGUUGCUGCCGCCUUUUCUCCGGCGACAGGGGUGGCUGCACCGCCCGGCGACGCCCAGAGGGGCGGAGACCCCGGCCCCGCAGGUGCUGUUCACUAAACUGGCUCGCACCUACGGCAACGUCUACAGCUUCUUCAUCGGCCACUACAUGGUGGUGGUCCUCAACGACUUCCACAGCGUGCGCGAGGCGCUGGUGCAGCAGGCCGAGGUCUUCAGCGACCGCCCGCGGAUGCCACUCAUCUCCAUCGUAACCAAGGAGAAGGGAGUGGUUUUCGCACACUACGGCCCCAUCUGGAAACAACAGAGGAAGUUCUCUCAUUCGACUCUUCGUCAUUUCGGUUUGGGAAAGCUUAGCUUGGAGCCCAAGAUUAUCGAAGAGUUCAAGUAUGUGAAGAAAGAACUGGAAAAGCAUGGAGAGGAGCCCUUCAGCCCCUUCCCCAUCAUCAGCAACGCCGUCUCUAACAUCAUUUGCUCCCUGUGCUUUGGCCAGCGCUUUGAUUACACCAACAGGGAAUUUAAGAGGAUGCUGGAUUUUAUGUCUCGAGGGUUAGAAAUCUGCCUGAACAGCCAGCUCCUCCUGGUCAAUAUAUGCCCCUGGCUUUACUACCUGCCCUUUGGGCCAUUUAAGGAAUUAAGACAAAUUGAAAAGGAUAUAACCAGUUUCCUUAAAAAAAUCAUCAAAGACCAUCUAGGGUCUCUAGAUGCCAAGAACCCUCAGGACUUCAUAGACAUGUACCUUGUGCACAUGGAGGAGGAGAAGAAAAACAAUAGCAACAGUAGUUUCAAUGAAGAUUACUUAUUUUAUAUCAUUGGGGAUCUGUUCAUUGCUGGAACCGACACCACAACCAACUCUUUGCUCUGGUGCCUGCUGUAUAUGUCACUGUAUCCUGAAGUACAAAAAAAGGUUCAUGAAGAAAUCGAACAGGUGAUUGGUCAUGACCGUGCCCCUUCCCUUAUGGACAAGGCCCAGAUGCCCUACACAGAAGCCACCAUCAUGGAGGUACAGAGGCUAACCGUGGUGGUGCCAUUCGCCAUUCCUCACAUGACCUCAGAGAAGACAGUUCUCCAAGGAUACACCAUUCCUAAAGGCACAAUGAUCCUGCCCAACCUGUGGUCAAUACACAGAGACCCAGCCCUCUGGGAGAAACCGGAUGAUUUCUGUCCUAAUCGAUUUCUGGAUGACCAAGGACAACUUCUGAAAAAAGAAACCUUUAUCCCUUUUGGGAUAGGGAAGCGGGUGUGUAUGGGAGAGCAGCUGGCAAAGAUGGAGUUAUUUCUGAUGUUUGUAAGUCUCAUGCAGAGCUUCACCUUCGCUUUGCCCAAGGAUUCUGAAAAGCCCAUCCUGACUGGAAGAUUCGGUCUAACGUUAGCCCCACAUCCAUUUAAUAUAACCGUUUCAAAGAGGUGAAGGUGCCUCUAGGAAGAGGUUAAUGGCAGAAUGUGUGUCCUUCUCCACCACUUCUGUUGUGAUUGACAGUGUGCGCAGCUAUCCUCAGAGCCAGGACAGACUCGGGUCAGGGAGCUGGCGGGAAGGGCAGAACCCGUGGUGGAGGCUGCCUUCUCAGGGCUCGCAGCCAUGCUGGUGGCGCCCCUGUGAUCCACCAGUGGGCAGGCUCACCUCCCAGCCUCUGUUGUGCUGUGGUUAAGCGAGAUUAACACAGUUGCCUUCUCUCUGCUUCUCAACGCUAAAGCCGAUCAAAGGCCUCAUAACUUGUGACACGGCCAAAAUGCUGUUAAGACCUAAUGCAGAAGUAAAGGUCUUCCUGCUGGCUUUUUAAGCCCCUGACAGCAAGAAAAUGGUGUUCAGCCACGGACACUUUGUCAGAGCGGAAUGUGGGCUUAGCUUAUGUUGAGGCAGGACUUUCUUUUUCUUCUUUUUCUUUUCUUAGUGCAGAGUCUGUCAGUUUCAUUGGGCUUCAUGUCUUAUGGGCAUUCUUUUUGUUUAUGACUGGAGUUUGAUCUGUUUUGGAGCUGAGAUAAAAUGUUCCCUUGCCCACUAUUUUGAGAUGAAAGAAAUUUGGAUUUUAACAUAUCCUCUAUACUGUGAUUCGCCUGUCUUCUACUUGAGCUCCAUGGACAGCGAGUCUGGCCAAGGAGGAACCAGCGUGAGCUUUGCCGAGUGAACGGCAAAGGCUUGAGCCCUGGACACUGAGCUUGGACAUGUUGACACUGCACUUGUGGAGAUGGUCGGGAAAGGAUUUCUCUUUCAAGUUACCUUGAGUCUUCCUCUCCUGUGCUGUCACCAGCCCCAGUGUGAUUGGUCGUUGAGUGCUCAGUAGCAAGGAAACACUGUCCCUGCAUAAAGAGGGCCCCUCUAGUCACGUGGUCCUCACAGGCCCCUCCAAAGGCCGUCUGGAGAUGUGUGAGUACCUUUUACCCGAACAGUGGGUAUUUCCUGCCUUGCCAUGCACCAGGAAGCACUGAGCUGCUCUGGAUGUCAUUAUCAGUCCCAAGCUCCCUGCCACCCUGUGAAACCAUGCUCCCAAGAGUGGCUUUCUUCAGCUGCCCCUGUGGCAGUGCCUAAGCAGCUGUGUCUGUCCUCAGCCUGUCCUCAGGCUGGCCACACCGAAUGCCUCGCCUGCCCACAUGUAUAGUUCUCAUACUAAGAAGGUGCCAGUGUAGAACUGAGAAGCUGCAGCUUACAAACUUGAGGCCCAGACUUGAAAAGUGCCACCAUUGGGUUUCGAACCUCUUAGACCUUGGAACUGACAAGAGACUGCGUUCUGAGCCACUUCUCAGGACCACCCCCACUUGGUCUGCAGUGGGCCUGCGCAGUUACCCGUCCUUCGUUCCAGUGGACACCUGGACAGAUGUUGCCCUGUUGCUUCUCUUGCGGUGCCUUGGAAAUGACUUCAAGAAAGGUGCCUCAGGAAAAUCCCAACUACUAGCUGUGUUUUUACUGAGUGGUUUUAGAGGCCAAGUGUGGUGACUCACACCUCUGAUCCCAGCACUGGGCUUGUGGAUAAGUGUGAGGGCAUGCCAUGCCAAGGUAGGAAGAUCACUGUUAAGUAUGAGGCCCAUCUAGGCUAGAGUGGGAACUUGCCUUAAAAAGAAAAAAAAUAACUUUUAAAAUCAAUAUGCUAUUUGUCAGUAUCAGUUUAAACCAAUGUCUAAAAGUUACUAGACUUGAUUCCUCAUUCAGGGUAACUAGCUCAAACAAGUUUAGCAGGGCACCUUAAGACUCCAGAACUGUAGCGGGGACUUCUGUGGCCCUCUCUCUCAGUCACUAAUGAAGGACGUUGCUGAUGCUGUUCUUCGUGAUAGAGAAGAGGGCAAGGAAAGAUCCAGAGUGCUUGUUGCUUAAGAAGUAAGUGAAAGGAAGAGGCAAGUUGCUGACUGUACCAGAGGCAGCAGCUCUCCCCACCUCUGGCUUCCUCAGUCUCCCCACCACUUUAGAGUAGUCAGAUCUUAGUAGGGUGGCAUUCCAAGGGAGCUCUGAAUGUGAAGCCAGGUUUUCCCCUGCAUUGGACAUAUUCCCAAGCAGACCCCUGAAUGCUUAACAAAGUGAAUUACUAGAUAUUAUAAAGCCCUAAUGAGAAUAAACAGAAAUAUGUGGGAGAUUACAUAAUCAAGUAUUAUUUUUUUGAUUCUCCAUUCUUUGUAUGAUCUGCCACAUUGUCUUCCUUCUUCUAUUUAUUUUUUAUUUUUAUUUUUAGAGAGAGAGGGAGAGAAAUGGCUCACCAGGGCCUCAGCCACUAAAAUAAAAUUCCAGAUGCUUGCGCCACCCAGUGGGCAUG